AUGCCGAUGUGCACUUGCCGGCUUGAUGGUGUGGCGGAAAGUUGGGCUGCCGAUGUGCGGGUGGUGCAACGUGUCCAUUCAGACAAGGCAUUCAUCGUGGCACCAGGUGACGAGGAGCUGAAGUGCUCCAUCAAGCAUGUUGUUUACAACGAUUUCAUGCUGAAGCCACUCAUUUUGAAGAUGGCCGAUGAACCGGCAUGGGGGCUGUUCUCUUUGGGAGCUGUGCACGCUGAGUUGAAGAAGCUUCUGGCCAGCUUGCAGAUGAAGCUUGACGCCAAUGCGGUGAAACUUGGAGCCUUGUGGGCUAAGUGCCUAUCAUCAUUUAUCAAGAUGAAGGAUGGGGAUGAGGUUGAUGGUGACGAUGAGCCCUACGCUCCCGGUCACCUUGUUCCUGAGUCACCACCGGAUGUUGUGGUCCACAUAGCGGCUCCUGCAAGGGAUGACAUGAUCCACGUAGCGGCUCCUGCAAGGGAUGACAUGGCUAUGUCUGCAGAUGAGGAUGGCUCUGUUUUGGGAGAUUCCAUGGAUGGGGUUCCGAUGGAAGUCUCUGAGGAGGAGUUUGCAAAUGAGCUUCCAGCCCUUCCCACCCCAGUGUCAGGGCCAGUGCUCCCACCCAGCAUCUCAACUCCAUCCGCUGAGAAGAUUGCCCGAUUGCAACGCAUGGAGCACCUCCGCAGUGAGAUCGAGAAGCUGAGUUCCAAGAGUCGCAGGAAGGCAAAGCUCCGGAUCGCGAGAGAUCAGGUAGGCGGAUAUGCUUUGGACACGGAUGACACCCUCAUCGAAGUCUUGGAGUCACAGCAACUUUGCCAUGCGGGUGGCAGCCAGGUGCUCCCCACUCCAAGUCCAACGCCCCUUGCGCGACGCUUGUUUCCUGAGGAUCAUGGUGUGGUUGACCUCAACUCCCCGGCCCCAAAGCCAGAGGCGGAGAUUCCUGUGAGGCCGGUGGCCCGGCCACUGGUUGCGUUGAGAGCCCACCUUGCAGAGAAUGCUGCGAAGAAGAGGGCUGAGAAGGAAGCCAAGCGCAGCAAGGCGGAAUCCGAUGAGCACGAGGGCUCCUCCAAUGACAAGGGCUCGGGCUGCAAUGACAAGGGUUCCCAUGAUAACAGUGGCUCCUCCAAUGACAAGGGCUCCUCCCAUGACAAGGGCUCCCAUGAUGGCAGCAAGGCCUCCAAAGAGUACAAGGGGUGGGAUGACGAAAAGGGCACUUUCCCAGCGGUGCUGGCAGGUGGUGAUGGUGAGUUCUUGUGCCGUCGGCAGCAGCUGCAGCUUCAGCCAAAGGCAAAGGGCAAAGCGAAGGCGAAGAGCACGGUGACUAAGCCUUCCGAGCCUGAGGCUCCCGCGAAUGCAGCCCCAGCUCUUGCUGCUGGGUCUGUGAAGCCAAGUGAUAAGCCAGCUGCGGACAGCAUGGAUCCUGAGAAGGCUGCUGUUUGUCGGGGCCGCGGUCGCGGCAAAGGGAGAGGCCGUGGUCGUGGCAGAGCUGGCAGCAAGGCCGAUGAUGGUGAUGCCACAUCAUCCCCAGGGGGGGCAGGCAAGAGCAAAGGGACAGGCCGUGGUAGUGGCAGAGCUGCCAGCCAGGCCGAUGGUGAUGCGGCAUCACCCCCAGAGGCAGGCAAGAGCAAAGGGAGAGGCCGUGGUCGUGGCAGAGCUGCCAUCAAGGCCGAUGGUGAUGCGGUAUCAUCCCCAAGGGCAGGCCAGAGCAAGCGCAGCACGGAUAAAGAUGAACCGACGGCAGUGCCGGAAGCUGAGCCAGCUGGGAUGGCUGAGGCUUGCGAGGUUGAUGCAUGCAACAAGCGCCGCAAAGGUGAGAUCGGCCAGGUCGCGAAGCCCAAAGCUGCGCCGAAGAAGUCGACCCCAUCCGUCCCGCAGUCCCUCAGUGUUCUGUCAGGCAGCAAGAUGGCCCGGCAGGUUUCAAGUUGCAAGAAGAAUAUGACGCCGGGAGACAUCAUGAAUCUGCUCCAGACAGACGACCUGAUGAUGCGAAUCGUUAUGGAGCAGAUUGAGGCCUUGGGGAAGCCGCUUGCAUCGGUGCCCACGAAAGAGAACCAGGACACUCUCCCAUCGUAUGAUUGGUGGAAGCUUUCCACUUACUGGACCCGCUACAGUGUGGGAGUGAUCCGCAAGGGUUCAGGAGAUGUGCCGGAUAUCUAUGUGGGCACCUUCGUAGGAGGUGGCUGUGAGAGCAUGGCAGUGGCCUUGGAAUCUCUGGCCCAGUACGUCAUCUGGAUGGGCGGGGACAAGGCUGAGCUUCGGUAUCCCUUGGAUUCCGACGACAGCUCCAGCUUCCGACUUAUGCUCAACGACUGUGCGAAGUAUGCUGUGAUCCUGAAGAGCCACAUGGAUGAGACUGGCCUCAGCCUUGAAGACAUUUGA